AAAGAUGAUUCAGUAAAUGACAGUCGAACUUAGGAGCAAAGUCUCUUUCAGUUCAGAAUCAGAUUAGCAAAAAUCAUCAUCAAUUCAAAACAAUACCCAAUCUCUCCGAUCUCUUAAAGAUUCUCAAUCAAUAAACUGCAACACUUUCUUGUCUCUAAUAACCGACAUAUAUAAAUACCCUCUUCGCCCAAGAACUCUGAAUCAAUCAAAAUCUUGACCAUCUCUCUCUCUUUCUCUUUCUUUCUUGGUUACAUAAACAAUCCGAGUUGGCAAUUCAAAUCCCUGAUUUCAUUUUCUUGAUUGAAGUGAAUAAAUACUGUGUUUCUGUGAUUACUGGAUUGGGUGGUCAUGAUGAGGAAGAGGGAAAGGGAAAAUCCGUGUGGGGUAUGUGGGCACUACCACAAGUACGAGGAAGGAGAGGUUUGUGGGAUUUGUGGUCACCGGAUGCCUGAAUCUGCUGAGAAAUCACCGCUUCAUGUUAGUGCUUUCCCUUCAGAGAUCUUGCCGGAGUUUCUUUAUCUGGGUAGCUAUGAUAACGCUUCUCGCUCCGAGCUUCUCAAAACCCAGGGGAUUUCUCGUAUUCUCAAUACAGUACCGGCUUGUCAAAAUCUCUACAAGAAUUCAUUCACCUAUCACUGCCUCCAAGAUGACAAAACUUUACAAUUUGAUGAUGCAAUUCAAUUUUUGGAGCAAUGUGAAAAGGACAAGGCUCGAGUUCUUGUGCACUGUAUGUCAGGGAAAAAUAGGUCUCCAGCUAUUGUGAUAGCCUACUUGAUGAAGUCCAAAGGAUGGAGGCUAGCACAAAGCUACCAGUGGGUGAAAGAGAGGAGGCCAUCUGUUGACUUAAGCAAUGCUGUGUACCAGCAGUUGCAGGAGUAUGAACAGAAGGUUUUUUGCUCUGCUGACGUCAACACUCUGGCCUUGCCAGUUUUCCCAUCCUUCAGUUUUGGCUUUCCUAAGGCUAGUGAUCUGGUUCCUGCACCUGCUUUCAGUAGUAUUGGCAGUACCUCCAUUUUUGCCCGUCCUUUGGAUGUUCCUCCACAUGAAUUUCAGUUUGGAGCAGGGCAUCCUCAAAGUAAUAUGUCUGCCAGCCCCUUUGAUGCCAAUGCACCAAACCCAAAUGGCGGGGACAUUUCAAUGGAUUCAUGAGUCCGCAGCAUUUAUGCGAUGAGAUCAACGUUCACAGAAGUUAAAACGAGUUUACAAGUUUUCAGAAGUUUCAAACUGCAAAUGAUACUCUCUUUUGCUUUCCGAUAUGACGUGUGCAAUACUUUGUCUUUGGCUAGUUACUUACAGGAUUGUUAAUCUAAUGCAAGAGUAGAGUUUUUUUUAUCAUUUGUUACACUUAUCUGUGCUAAAGUGGUUCUGUAUUUUCUACUACUUGCAAGUAUAGGAUAUAGAUGAUUUCUGAAUAUGUGAAACCAAAAAAAAAAGAAAAAAAAAUGAAAAAAAGGAAAGAGGAGCUAUAUUGGCAAAGAUGUAUUCAUCAAAGGCUUCUGGACUGUUCAUGAUUCAUUUGUUAGUGCUUCUCCUCUUUUUGAUA